UAGCGCUCAGAGCUUUAAACGCGGGAGCCGCGGGGCGCGCGCAGGAGGCCCGGGAGGAGGGUCUGCGCGGAGGGCGGUGCCGCGGGGCUCGGACGCGCACCCCAGCGCUCGCGGCCCGCGCCCCGGGUCGGGUUCGGAUUGGCCGGCCGGCCGCUUCCUCCGCCCCUCGUCAGUUGCCGGCUAGGUCUUCCGGGGGGGUUUUUUUUCUUCCCUCUCGUUUCCCUUCGCGAGACCGGAGCCCGAGGUUCGGGACCGCCCCGCGGCCGCAGGCGUUGGGAGGCCGCGCUCCGCACCGCCGCGAUGAGGCCCCGGAAAGCCUGUCUGCUCGUCCUGCUCCUGGCCCUGGCGCAGCUGCUGGCGGCGGCCAGCGCCGAGGGCCCGGACGAAGAUUCUUCUAAUAAGGAGGAUGCCGUUGAGGAGGAAGACGAGGAGGAGGAAGAUGAGGAUGAGGAUGACGAUGACUUGGAAGUUAAGGAAGAAAACGGUGUCUUGGUCCUGAAAGACGCGAAUUUUGACACCUUUGUGGCUGACAAAGACAUGGUGCUGCUGGAGUUCUACGCCCCGUGGUGCGGGCAUUGCAAGCAAUUUGCUCCAGAAUAUGAAAAAAUCGCCGCUACCCUGAAGGAGAGCGACCCUCCCAUUCCCGUCGCCAAGAUCGACGCGACCUCGGAGUCGGCGCUGGCCAGCAGGUUUGACGUGAGCGGAUACCCCACCAUCAAGAUCCUUAAGAAGGGGCAGGCUGUCGACUAUGAGGGCUCUAGGACCCAGGAAGAAAUUGUGGCCAAGGUCAAAGAGAUCUCCCAGCCCGACUGGACGCCUCCACCAGAAGUCACGCUCGUGCUGACUAAAGAUAACUUCGAUGAGGCGGUGAAUGACGCGGACAUCAUUCUGGUGGAGUUUUAUGCCCCAUGGUGUGGACACUGCAAGAAACUGGCCCCCGAGUACGAGAGGGCCGCCAAGGAGCUGAGCAAGCACUCUCCCCCAAUCCCGCUGGCGAAGGUGGACGCCACUGCGGAGACAGACCUGGCCAAGAGGUUCAAUGUCUCUGGCUACCCCACCCUGAAAAUCUUCCGCAAGGGAAAGCCUUUCAAUUACAACGGCCCACGGGAAAAAUAUGGGAUCGUGGACUACAUGAUCGAGCAGUCCAAGCCGCCCUCCAAGCAGAUCCUGGCUCUGAAACAGGUCCAGGAGUUCCUGAAGGAUGGAGACGAUGUCAUCAUCAUUGGGGUCUUUAAGUCAGAGAGCGACCCAGCCUACCAGCAGUACCAGGACGCUGCUAACAGCCUGAGAGAAGAUUACAAAUUCCACCACACUUUCAGCACUGAAAUCGCAAAGUUCUUGAAAGUCUCCCCAGGGAAGUUGGUCGUCAUGCAGCCUGAGAAAUUCCAUUCCAAAUACGAGCCCAAGAGCCACGUGAUGGACAUCCAGGCGUCCACGGAGGACGCGGCCGUCCGGGAGCACGUGCUGCGGCACGCGCUGCCGCUGGUCGGCCACCGCACGGCCUCCAACGAGGCCAGGCGCUACGCGCGGCGCCCCCUGGUGGUCGUCUACUACGGCGUGGACUUCAGCUUCGACUACCGCGCGGCCACUCAGUUCUGGCGGAGCAAGGUCCUGGAGGUGGCCAAGGACUUCCCCGAGUACACCUUUGCCGUGGCCGACGAGGACGACUUCGCCACCGAGGUGAAGGACCUGGGGCUGAGCGACAGCGGGGAGGAGGUGAACGCGGCCAUCCUGGACGAGGGCGGCCGCAAGUUCGCCUUGGAGCCCGACGACUUCGACGCCGACGCCCUCCGCGCCUUCGUCACCGCCUUCAAGAAAGGAAAACUGAAGCCGAUUGUCAAAUCCCAGCCGGUGCCCAAGAACAACAAGGGGCCGGUCAAGGUCGUGGUAGGGAAGACCUUCGACUCCAUCGUGAUGGAUCCCAAGAAGGAUGUCCUCAUUGAGUUCUACGCGCCCUGGUGUGGACACUGCAAACAGCUGGAGCCCGUGUACACUGCCUUGGGCAAGAAGUACAAGGGCCACAAGAAUCUGGUCAUUGCCAAGAUGGACGCCACGGCCAACGACAUCACCAAUGACCGCUACAAAGUCGAGGGCUUCCCGACCAUCUACUUCGCCCCCAGUGGGGACAAAAAGAACCCAGUUAAGUUUGAGGAUGGAAACAGAGAUUUGGAGCAUUUGAGCAAGUUUAUAGAAGAACAUGCCACAAAACUGAGCAGGACCAGGGAAGAACUUUGAAGCCCUUGAGGGUGUGCAGAGGGCGAGCGCGGGAGGGACCAGACACAGCGAAGCUUCCAGCAGUCAGCCGCGGAACCCGAGCCAGCCGCGAGCCUGGCGGGCUUGCUCAAAGGCAGUAUCUUGAGCUUUUUGGUUUGUCUUGUGUUUUUAAUUUUUAUACUCUGGUAUUUCACCUCAUGCUCUGAAUACUGAAUAGAUAUGAGUGACUCAGUAGAUUAGUACAGAAUUUUACAGAGAGUACAUCUAUUUUUAUCGUUAUUUGGGGUUUGAUUUUUUUUUAACCUUUCAUCUUCUUUAAUAUAUUUCUUCAAAGCAGACACAUUGAAUCUCUUCUGUGUGAAUUUUUUUUUCUCUUUUUUUAAUUUAAAAUUUAAGAAGCCUUUGCCAAAUCAUGUUGACUUUUGUCUUUCGUUUGCCUUUACGUCAUCUGAGGAUUGGUGAGCCGAAGAUGGGACUGUUAGUGAUUGGGUUUUGCUUCUUCCUGUUUUGGCACAAAGUGAGAACGGUCGCCGAGCGCCCUGCCGGGGACGUCGUUUUAGCCCGACUUUGAGCCGCCGCCUGGUCCAGGGAGAAGCAGCGUCACUGCGGCCUGGGUGUCGCCGUGCCUUCUCCCAAACUGAGGACCAUGGGCCAGAGUGUUUCCCAGGUGCCUCCAGACCCUUGGAGUCAGGUUCCCAGGCUGAGCCUCCAAGAGGCCGCGCGCCUCUUCAGAGCUGCCAUGGUUGAGGAGAGCUGAGCUGGGGCACAGGGGGAGACUUCCGGGUGAUCAGAGGGUAGGGUAGGUUGUCGUGAUGGAAUAAAGAGAUGAUUGAACAUGAA